CCUGGGUUUUCCCCGGAAAGCCUCCAUUUCAUCAGGGUUGUCAGCUGUGUGUGUACGGGGCUGUCUUUCCCUGGGUUGUAUCUCGUGUCCUUCACGCUGAGUGCUCUGUUCUCUCCUACAGGCACAGGGAAUGUCGUGGUCAUUAUGAUUAGCUACCUGAAAGGAAGAGAGAUUCUGGAUCUGGUGCGUGAAGGCAUCCCCGUCAGAGUGGGCGUGGCGGUGGGCACCCGCCACGUGCAGGAGUUAAUCAGUGGCCAGUCCGUGGUGUUCGUGGCCAUCGCCUUCAUCAGCAUGAUGAUCAUCUCACUGGCCUGGCUCAUAUUUUACUACAUACAGCGCUUCCUGUACACCGGCUCCCACCUGGGCAGUCAGGUGAGUGCAGCUGACUCCUGCUUUUCAAAAGACAGUUCUGAGGGAAUUGAUGUUGAUGCUGAAAAUUGUGCAGUCUGUAUUGAAAAUUUUAAAGUCAAGGAUGUUAUCAGAAUUCUGCCAUGCAAGCAUAUUUUUCAUAGAAUAUGCAUUGACCCAUGGCUUUUGGAUCACCGCACGUGUCCAAUGUGUAAACUUGAUGUCAUCAAAGCCCUGGGAUAUUGGGGAGAGCUUGAGGACGCACAGGAGACGCCCGCUCCAGAAUCUCCUCCCGGGGUUGUCCUGGCUCCAGAACUGAGUCUUACCUUACCAGAUGGGGACAGAAGUGUCGGGGACAACUCAGCAUCGUCCCCCACCAGCCACACUGUGCCGCAGGGUGAUGCCACUUUUAAAGAAGAUGCCGGUGAAAACACAGUCUUACUGGAAACAGGCAGGAGCGACCUGCAGCGUGGAGGACCCGUCUGCUAGCGCACAUCUGCCGAUGGUGUCGCGGACAGAGCGUGGCGGAAAUUAAAGGACCCUUUAUUUUUUUUAACUUUAGCACAUAGUUUGUAUAUGUGAAAAUAAUGUACAUUCUUUUACCUUUCAGGUUCUGAUUUGAUAUACAAAGGGCUGUGAUAUUUUAUUCUUAAAGAGACUUUUUGAUUAGUCUUUAUAUAUUUAUCUGCUAAAAUACGGCAGGUACAAUGAACAACACAUCGUUUCAGGCUAUUACCUAGGAGAUGGCUGGGGAGGGCCUUGUACUGUGAAGGACAGGGGUGUGUUUCUAAGUACUAGGCUGCCUACCAUGUUACAUUACUGUUAAAAAAAAACAAGAUUAAUUCUGUUUCCUCAAGGGUGGUUCUAGGCUAAGCACAUUGAGUUUAGACUAGUUGACAUGGAGUUGUGAGAUUAUGUUCAGUAACUGGUUAUGUGAGUUUCCCCAGAGGAAAGACUUUGAGAACGUUAAAUUGUAAAUGUGACGAGAGAAACCUGUCACUUUGUUGCAUCUCUGUACUGCAGAGAUUUCUAAACCCGAGAGCACUUUCAUUGUUGUUUUUUAUCUGGAAUUAUGAGAAAAGCACUAAGCUGACGUUAGGAUUUGCGAUUUCUCUCUUUUGUGACCUAAUUUCUUCUAAAACCUUUGAUGAGGAGGGAAGUCUGUCCAUUUUUUCUGUAAAUAAAAAAGCUAACAUUCUGUGUUGCACACAAGCAUGAAGUUCUUCAUUGCUUGUUAAGGAAAUGGAGUGGAUAGAAUGUGAUUUGGGGAUUUGGGGGUAUAUGAUGAAUAUACUGGUUCCAACUGUAGUUUAAUCUUUGCAGUUAAAAGGCAAGCAGUUAAAUCGGGGUUCGGGGGGCUGCUCUCUAAGUUUAUACAGAAUUAAAUAAACCCUGCUCUGUUCUCACCUCUUCGAGGUGUAAGUGGAGGAUGAGGAAGAGUUCUUUUUUUAGAACUUAAAACCAUAGUCCUUUGUUGGUUUCAGACUGGUUACUGUAUAUGUCUUUAUCUUGUGGGUAAAAAUAAAUGUUUAUUGAGAAAAAUGUGAUUUUAAAAAUUUAAAGAAUUUAUUGUUCCAAGCUGUAUCUAAGACACAAAAUUUAGAUAGCUUAUUUUUUUCAAACUACUUACGCACUUUGAUUCUAGUCACUCGGUCAGUCAGCAGUGUUACUAAAGUAAACUGAGGCCGGGUUCCACUCGAGGAGUUACUGGAAUAGAAAGUGUCUAACUCUGAGCUCUCGUUGUGGCAGGGAGCCUCAGUAGGUGUCCACAAUAGCUAUUAUCUUUGAAAUCUGCUUUCUGUGGCUCAUCGCGGAUAGGAAAACACGUCCGUGAUUCUCUCCCAGGUGGACUGUUUGCUGUCUGUAUUUUAAGAUACAUGUGAGGGGAAAAAUGCUGUAGCCCCUCCCGGGAUCCAGUGAGGCUGACUGUUAUAAAAGAAUACUUUGGCAGAUAAGGUAAAUUGUUUUGAUAAUUAUGGAAUUGUGAUUUCUUAAUCACUGACUAUCAGCUAGAUCUUUCCUUAAUUCAGAAGUUUGAACCGUAAAUUAUAAAUAGAAGAGACUGAAAAAUGAUGGUAGUCUUACCUCUAGAAACGUCUUUAACAGCAGAGAAAGAAAUUAGCAAGAGAAGACAGAAAACUCUGCAGUACUUUGAAAGGAGAAAGUUUCCUUUGAUAGGCUUUUCUUAGAGGGAAGUAUACGUGAUAAAGGGUCAGAAAUACUAGAAUUUUUAUUUAUAAAGUGGAUAAAAUGCUGGGAGUGUAGGGAAUGUAAGUGAAGAAAGAUGAAUGAACCAGAUUUCGUUAAGGUUGUAUUAUUUAUGGCAGUGAUCACUUUCCGUCUCACGAUUGUUAUAAAAACCAUUUGUUCACAAAUAAUGUAGGAACAGCACUUUUUUGUGUGACUUUGGAAGCCCCAGGCAGCAUGUGCAGGAGGGGAGGGGACCGUGACCAUGGGCACCGCGCAGCCCGCCGCCCGCCUGCUGCCGGGUUCCCGUCGGGAGGCCGUGAAGUCCGGGCAGAGGUGUGCAUACGGCCACCGCGGCAGGUGAUCUGACGAAGAUAUUAAAGCCAGAAACUGGAGCUGAAAGUCCAGAACUCAAGAUGUGGUUUUUUAAAAACAUGAAUUAAAAUUGAACUCAUCUGAUUACACUUAAAAAUUGAUUUCAGUUACUGAAUCCCAGGAUUAUAGUUUCUUUUAUUUCAGGUAAACUUUCUUCUACUUUGUAACGUGUUUAAUGAAGAACCUUUUUGCUGGUGGUGUAAAUGUGUAUCUUGACUCAGUGUUUUCUGUUUGUUUUACAAAAUGUUCUCUGAAUAUAACUGCUGUUCUUUAUAAGCUGCUUAUUUAAAAUAAAUUUGGAAGUCUUUUGUCUUUCAAGUAAA